AUGAAUAACGACAGCACAACUUCUGGCGCUGGUACGCCUAACGCUCCCUCUACGCCUGAUGUCCCAUCUACACCCAGCCCAUCGACUCCUAUCAUGCCUUCUUCACCUUCUUUCGUUGAUCUCACUAUUGCUGGGGAGGAAGCUAUCCUGCCUCCCACACCUGAAGGUCUGAGUAAAAGACAAUACAAUCUAUUCAAGAGAAAUCGAAAGACUGCUCUCAAGGCUGCUAUGAAGGAGCUGGAGGACUGUGCUGAGGCCGCUGGAACUGAUCCUAUUUCACCAACAGGAUACAAACAAGGUGACUUUGGUCGUCAAGCUCGUAAGCUGAUCAAGAGCACUGACAAGCACGGUAUGUUGAGUCCUGGUACACACAAAGUUGUCAAGCCUGCUGUAGUCCGGUACUAUCAGUAUAAGCGCUGCUUUAAGGUUGCCCAGCAGUUUGCUGAGCGCAAGUCCAACAAGAACGGUGGUAUUCGCAUGCUUUGA